AUGCUGGUCUCACGAAAGCUCCACCAAGCGGAAGAGAAGACCAAGCUGGACAUCGCUGUGAGCGAGGAUCAGCGUGAGCUGUUGCGGAACUUCCGGAAAAUUGUCACUCGGACUGUGGAGAACGAGGAGUCAGCAGAGAUUCAGAGUAAGAAUCUCUUCGUUUUUAUUGUGGAAACUGAUCCGGUGCUCCGUGCUGAAGUCAGCCAGUUGUGCCAAUUGUUGGAGUUCCUUGGCACAGCUGCUUAA